AAUGAAACUUUAGAGAGCCUCACUUGCUGCUCAGAGCUGAAAUGGAGCUGCCAGGAAAUCAAAUGGAUUUUGUAAAAUUCUCUUGUUCCAUCUGUUUGGAUCUACUCAAGGAUCCGGUGACUAUUCCCUGUGGACACAGCUACUGUAUGAACUGUAUUAAAGAUUACUGGGAUAGAGAAGAUCAGAGGAGAAUCCACAGCUGCCCUCAGUGCAGACAGACCUCCAAACUGAGGCCUGUUUUGGUGAAGAACAUCAUGUUAGCAGAGUUAGUGGAGGAUCUGAAGAAGACUGGACUCCAAGCUGCUCCAGCUGAUCACUGCUAUGCUGGACCUGAAGAUGUGGCCUGUGAUGUCUGCACUGGGAGGAAGAUGAAAGCUGUCAAGUCCUGUCUGGUCUGUUUGGUUUCUUACUGUGAGAAACAUCUCCAGCAUCACUAUCAGGUCCCUGCACUGAAGAAGCACAAGCUUUUCAACCCUUCCAAGAAGCUCCAGGAGAACAUCUGCACUCAUCACGAUCAGGUGAUGAAAAUCUUACUUAAUGAAUUUGAAACAGUCUCAGCUGCAGCAGAAAGGACUGAGAAGCAGAAGGAGCUCCAGGUGAGUCGACAACAAAUCCAGCAGAGAAUCCAGGACCAAGAGAAAGAUCUGAAGCUGCUUCAACAGGAGGUGGAGACCAUCAAUGUCUCUGCUGAUAAAGCAGUGGAGGACAGUGAGAAGAUCUUCACUGAGAUGAUCCAUCUCAUCCAGAAAAGAAGCUCUGAUGUGAAGCAGCAGAUCAGAUCCCAGCAGGAAACUGAAGUGAGUCGAGUCAAAGAUCUUCAGGAGAAGCUGGAGCAGAAGAUCACUGAGCUGAAGAGGAAAGAUGCUGAACUGGAGCAGCUCUCAAACACAGAGGAUCACAACCAGUUUCUCCACAACUACCCCUCACUGUCAGCACUCAGUGAGUCUACACACUCAUCCAGCAUCAAUAUUCGUCCUCUGAGAUACUUUGAGGAUGUGACAGCAGCUGUGUCAGAGCUCAGAGAUAAACUACAGGACAUCCUGAGAGACACAUGGACAAACAUCUCACUGAGAGUCAGAAAAGAGAAGGUUUUACUGGCAGAACCAGAACCAGAACCAAGGACCAGAGCAGAGUUCUUGAAAUAUUCACAUGAAAUCACUCUGGAUCCAAACACAGCACAUUUACACCUUUUACUGUCUAAGGACAGAAAAGUGACUUUUAUGAAGAAAGCUCAGUCUUAUCCUGAUCAUCCAGAGAGAUUCACAUUUUAUGAUCAGGUCCUGAGCAUCCAGAGUCUGACUGGACGCUGUUACUGGGAGGUGGAGUUUAGAUGUGAAGCAAUUUAUGUUUCAGUCGCCUUCAAGGACAUCAGCAGAGAUGGGACUUCAGAUGAAUGUAUGUUCGGCUUUAAUGACAAAUCGUGGGUGUUACGUUGUUACACAAAGGGUUACACAUUUUUGCACAACAGAGUUAAGACUCCAGUAUCAGGUCCAGUUUCCUCCAGAGUAGGAGUGUAUCUGGACCACAGAGCAGGUAUUCUGUCUUUCUACAGCGUCUCUAGAACCAUGACUCUCCUCCACAGAGUCCAGACCACGUUCACUCAGCCUCUACAUGCUGGGGUCCGGCUUUUUGACGAGGGAGACUCUGCUGAGUUCAAAAUACUUCAAUAAAAAGCAACCAGUGUUUGAAUUGUCUCCAAAUGUAAACCAAUCAGAUAUGGUAGAGUGAGGAUGUUUAGAUGUUUUGUUUUUUAUAUUUUUAGUGAUUUUCAGGAUUUUAGUGAAACAACAUGACUCAAAUUACUCAAAGACAUACUGUAUGUAAGAAUGACGUGUUUUGAUUCUGAUUCGGCCGCGGACGCCUCAAAUGUGACCUUUCACCCACUUUCCACUGCUUUCUUUGACCUUUUAGUUUAGUCCAGGACUUCUUCUGAGGGCAUCUACACUGAUUUGAACUAGAACCUCUCUUAUCUUGAGCCAGAUCAAAAUGAUAGUAUAGUUUUCAGUCUUUAGGCUGAUUUUGAUAGAUUAUGAGGCUGAUUUAUGAAUGUUUAAUGUAGUUUAUAAACUCACAGUUAAAACUAGAAAACUGUCUUGAAAUGUGAGAUAAAUGUAGAGUCUUUGCUUGAUGAAAACACCUGUUAUGUUGUUUAGAUCGUUUUUACCUAUUUGUGUUUUGUGCACCAGUACGACUCAGUUUAUUGUUUUCUAGUGAAUCCAUGUCCUUUCCAGUUUUUACAAAUUAUUUCAUCUUUGACAUUUCAGGUUAACAGUAUUAUUCUACUGCUGCUGAGUUUUUCAGCUAAUUAUGUCUAAGCUUAUUGAUUAUCAAAUUAAAUUAAUGCCGUGAUGUAUUCAGUGGUUGGCAACAGUAGAAGCUGCUCUAGCUUUUCUUUUUUAUAUCUGAGCGUAUCUUGAAUAUGUUUGGGUUUAAAAGUGUUAAAAAUGAUUAAAAUAAAUCCAAAGGAAUUAAAAUGAUUUCUGAACCAUCA